CCCUGGUAUGCUGAAAGGGGUCAUGCAGAAGGUCAACCCAUUCAAGCCUAGCUCACAGGUCUCCAAAGCACCAUAUUCAGAGUUGCCGGAGCGGGGAAAGGAAAACUCUACUCAGAACUCUGGAAUGUUGAAAGGAAUGAUGCAGAAAGUCAACCCCUUCAAGUCUUCUGCACAGAGUGAUCCUCCAGAUGAUUCUGCAAAUCAUCAAGAGACUGGGAAAGAACUUCAAGACAAACAAAAUCCAGGAAUGAUUCAGAAAGUCAACCCAUUCAGAUCCUCACAGCCAAAGGUUUCAUUUUUAAUAAUAAUUACUGAUAAUUUAAUUGUUGAACCCCUAAGCACUCAGUUCACUCCCUUUCCAAAGUCUGUUUGGUAUAUAGAUGCUGACACCAGCUGUGAUGUAAAAACCCAGCCAACACAGGCCCAAAGGAGAAGAACCAGGGACUCUGCAAAUGCAUUUUCUGACACUCAAGCCACGCCCCAGGAGGUAGUUAAAGUUCAGACAUUGCAAUUGGCUGAAGUACCAGUGCGCAGGGAAGGAACGGACCUGGAUCCUCUAGACGAUGACGAAGGCCUUUUGUCCUGGUGGAGAACAGUCGAAGGUUGGGAUGAGUGGAAUGAGGCAAACCAGAAUGAUGAAACUGAAGAAGUGGUGGAACAAGCAGCUGAUCGCGUCUUCAUGGCCGCUCGACUUUUUGUUCGUUUUUUUAACCAACGUGGCGCCUCACUGCAGCAGCGCAUCCUUGAGCUCCUUGCUUUGGCUGAUGCAGCAGACAAUUUUCACAAAAAAACGGUCACGGCCAGUGUCGGCGGUGGAUUGGCCAGUGUCGCCGGGUCUAUCACCACCAUCACCGGCCUCAUCCUGGCUCCCUUCACAGCUGGAACAUCGCUGAUUGUCACAGCUGUAGGCAUUGGCAUAGCUACAGCUGGUGGCGUGACAUCUGCUUCGGCCAAUAUCACUGACACUGUCCAUUCAAAGACGGACCGCAAGAAGGUGGAGAAGAUGAUUCAAGAUUACCAGGGGGAGAUCAAGGACAUCAAAGAGUGCCUGGAGUUUUUACAGGAAGGGAUGGAGACACUCCAGCAGUGGGACUUUGAGAAGUAUGCAGAGAGCAUCGCAAAAAACCACUUAAACCAGGACGUCAAGCAUGUAAUCAAAGAGGGUGGUCGAGCCGGCAAAGCUCUGGUGGUCAACACAGACAGUCUGAUCAAUACUGUUCAAGUCCUGAAUGUUGCUGGUGGUGCUGCCAAAGCUGCCCAGGUGAUGAGUGUCACUACCGGAGUAAUGUCAGGCCUCUUCCUGGCUCUUGAUGUGUUUUUCCUGGCAAAGGACUCCAUGGAACUGAAAAAGGGGGCAAAAACAGAGUUCGCUGUCAAGAUCCGAGAAGUUUGCAAGGACCUACAGAAUGGCCUGCUGGAGCUGAACAGAAUCAAGGAACAGCUUCAGAAAACUAUGGAUGGGAUAGAAGUGGAGGUAGAGGAGGUGGAGGAUGAAGAGCAGUUGAAAUCUGAUCUGAAGAAACUCACUGACCUUGAAGACUGAAGGGCAGUGUUUAGAAAACAAAACAAGGUCCUCAUUGUCUUGUGUUGAUACCAAAAAUAAAGUUUAAGCAGAAAUUGCC